AGGGGCAGCAGCGCGGCGCCGGCGGGGGCGGCCGGGCGCGGGCGGGCGUGCGUGCGAUGGAAACGCACAUCUCGUGCCUGUUCCCCGAGCUGCUCGCCAUGAUCUUCGGGUACCUGGAGGUGCGCGACAAGGGCCGCGCGGCGCAGGUGUGCACGGCCUGGCGGGACGCCGCCUACCACCGCUCGGUGUGGCGGGGCGUGGAGGCCAAGCUGCACCUGCGCCGCGCCAACCCCUCGCUCUUCCCCAGCCUGGCGGCGCGGGGCAUCCGGCGGGUGCAGAUCCUGUCGCUGCGGCGCAGCCUGAGCUACGUGGUCCAGGGCAUGGCGGACAUCGAGAGCCUCAACCUCAGCGGCUGCUACAACCUCACCGACAACGGGCUGAGCCACGCCUUCGUGGCGGAGAUCAGCUCCCUGCGCUCGCUCAACCUGAGCCUCUGCAAGCAGAUCACGGACAGCAGCCUGGGCCGCAUCGCCCAGUACCUCAAGGGCCUGGAGGUGCUCGAGCUCGGAGGCUGCAGCAACAUCACCAACACCGGCCUCCUGCUCAUCGCCUGGGGCCUGCAGCGCCUCAAGAGCCUCAACCUGCGCUCCUGCCGGCACCUCUCCGACGUGGGCAUUGGGCACCUGGCGGGCAUGACCCGCAGCGCGGCCGAGGGCUGCCUGGGCCUGGAGCAGCUCACGCUGCAGGACUGCCAGAAGCUCAGCGACCUCUCGCUCAAGCACCUGGCCCGCGGGCUGGGCCGCCUCCGCCAGCUCAACCUCAGCUUCUGUGGGGGCAUCUCGGACGCGGGGCUGCUGCACCUGUCGCACAUGAGCAGCCUGCGGAGCCUCAACCUGCGCUCCUGCGACAACAUCAGCGACACGGGCAUCAUGCACCUGGCCAUGGGCAGCCUGCGGCUGUCCGGCCUUGACGUCUCCUUCUGCGACAAGGUGGGGGACCAGAGCCUGGCCUACAUCGCACAGGGCCUGGACGGGCUGCGCUCGCUGUCCCUCUGCUCCUGCCACAUCAGCGACGAGGGCAUCAACCGCAUGGUGCGGCAGAUGCACGGGCUGCGCACCCUCAACAUCGGCCAGUGCGUCCGCAUCACCGACAAGGGCCUGGAGCUCAUCGCCGAACACCUCAGCCAGCUCACGGGCAUCGACCUCUACGGCUGCACCCGCAUCACCAAGCGGGGCCUGGAGCGCAUCACCCAGCUGCCCUGCCUCAAGGUGCUCAACCUGGGACUUUGGGAAAUGACUGAGAGUGAGAAGGUCAGGUGAGAGGAGGAGGAGGUGCCCCGAGACCUCCAUCUCCUCUGGAGGGACUCACUGACUGACUGACUGCUGCAGAGGAGGAGAGAAAGAGAGAGGGGCAUGCACAGAGACAUGCUACCCACACACUCUGGCACCGCAGGGAGGAACACAGAGAAAGAGGGUAUAUCCUCGACCCUUCUGUGCUGCCUACCUAUCCUUGCUGUGGAGGAGGAGGAAGGGGGACCAGGAGGACAGAGAGAAAGCACCUAUCCAUUUUCCAGGUCACGCCUCAAGCUCCGUGCUAGGGAGACAGAGCUCUCUCCCUUCCCACAGCAUCCUUCCCUGCGGAAGAGGUAGAAACCCACACUCUUAUGCACUGGGGCUAGAGACACCCCUCUUUAUCCCCGCUCCCACAUUCCAUCCCCUCAAGCACUGAGGAUGGAUAAAGAAAGACCCUUGUUCUGCCAUGUAUUCAGAAUAGAUUAUUUUUGGUUUAUAUAAAGGAGAGUGGAAAUGGAGAUGGGAACAAAAAAUAGUAACAGCAGCAAAGGCUUCCUAGCUACACUUGUGUACCCAGCCACCCAGUCAUCCUGUGUUGGGCACAGACAGAGCUUUUGAUAAAACAACCAUUCCACCUCUGUGCUUGCCCCUCCCCUGUCAACACAUUUGUGACAGAAAUACUGCUCCCUAGGUACAUUGAUUUUUUUUUUUUUCCCCUUUUAAAUCUCUCUUCAGUCUCCAGUUUCAUGUUAUUCUCUGCUGUGGGUGGAUACAACCUCCCACUAUUCCAGUUCUCCACUGCACUGAGACUAGCGAUAGCUACAGCCUCCCCUUUUGUCAGUAUGUUUCCAUGUCAUCCUGCACUAUGGGUAAUGGAAAAGUCCAGGCACUCCAUUCUCUCUCCCCAUCUCUCCACUGGAGAUGAAUACACCAUUUCCUCCUUCUCCUGUCUCUGUGGGGACUGGACACAGACCCCCAUCUCUUAAGCCUUCCCGUGUGCUGGGGGGCUCUGAGAGUUACUGAGACUUGUCUUCCCUUUCAUCAUUCUCUCUUUUUCUCCCCUUCUCCUCCUUGGCAGCAGGGAUAGACAUAUCCAGCCACAUAUCCAUUCCUCUCUGGGUUGGGGUGAGCAGGUAGAAGGGAGUUCCAGCUCCUCUCUACCUGGGGGACAUGAGGAAGAAUCUCCAGCUUCAUUUCUGCUUCAUUUGAGAUACUGUGACCUGUUUUUAUUUUGAAAUGCAUAAAAAAAAUUACUGCUACAAAAACAGCCUCUUACUCUCCCAUCUAUCCCUUGCUUACAUCCUGUAAUUGAUCCCAGUUUUCCUCACUCAUUCUCCCCUUUACAGUAUUCAUUUUCUUACAUGGUUUUAUUUUUAAAGACAUAUGAAGUUGCUGUUCUUGUGGAUUUUUAAGUACUUUUUUUUCUGCUGAAUAUAUUCUAUAUAUAUAAAUAUAUAUAUGAUGUCUGGCUA